AUGGCUUCGCGCAACCUGUAUAUGAAGUUUGCGUCAUCUCGUGCUUCUAAACUCUUCUAUGUCGUCUUUAAAUCGUCCUCCAAACCAAACAAACCAAACUCAACAAACGAUACCCACCCUUCACUCUCUCUAGACUCUCUCCUUCAAGACCCCUCCCUAGCCCUGAAAAUGAUGAAUGCAAACAGUGGUAUGAGUAGCGGCGCCAAUGGCGGUGGCAGUGGUACAGGACCGUGCGGUGGCUGCAAGUACCUGAGGAAGAAGUGCUCGCCAGAAUGUUUAUUCGCGCCCUACUUCGACUCGGCGGAAGUAGGUGUGUCCCAUUUCAGGGCGGUGCACAAGGUUUUCGGAACUAGCAACUUUGCCAAGCUUCUUGAGAAAAUACCGGUCCAACGGCGGCUUAUCGUGGUGGUCACCAUGUGUUAUGAGGCAGAGGCUAGGCUUCAGGAGCCUGUCUAUGGCGCUGUAGCUAAAAUGCUCUCUCUCCAAAGAGAGGUGUCGAAUUUGAAAAUGGAAAUUUUAAACUUACAAGCCCGGCUGGAACUUUCAUAUAUGCAGCCUCCACCACCACCUCAAACACCGCUUUCCCUAUCGGAGGGCAUACCAUUAGGGUCACCCCCUCUUCCACCACCGCCACCUCAAACGCCGCCUUCCCUAUCAGAGGACAUACCAUUAGGGUCCUCGAUGUUCACUUCCUAUGACCCCUCGUCCUUUUUCGAACCAAUUGGGCAAAGUUCUGGGACAAUUCCACCAGAAGAUGAUCCAAUUAGGCCACCAACUUCCUCGGUUUUAGAAGCAAUUGCGAGAGAGCUUCUAGGAGAUGAAGAAACUGACCCAAUGUACUAGGUACUUGUCCGGAGAUCCAUGAUGGUUGGAGCCUGG